GUCCAGCGCUCGACAGCGUUAGGGGGUGUGAAGGGGUGCGGUGCGGGGCCGCAGGGAGGCUGUGAGGGCAGGCGGGUUACGAGACGUGGGGAGCCAGCUGGGCAGCAGGCUCCAUUUGUAACCGAUAAAAGAGCCCCGCCCGUCUCGAAACCCAGUUGUUCACCAUGGCACCCCGGCGAGGAUCAUGGCAGUACUGUCCUGCCCAUCCAUGGCCUAUCCGUCACGUAACGCCCGGGGGCCGGAGCGCCCAUUUGUCCGCCAACAGACGCGCUCCCGCUGCGUCGGUACUGCGCGCUCAACCAGGCAAUCAUGGCGCUGCUGCCAAUCGGCAGCCGAUGCAGCGGCCUCGCACCAGCGCGCCAAGACGUGAGAUAGCGUGCGUCGGUUGGCGUGAUGGCUCUUCCCGACUAAACCAAACCCACCCGGCCAACGAGUCUGGUCGUGACGUCUGCAAGGGCCCUCAGUCGCGAAACAACAGCAGCGCUGCCCUAUUGGGCUAGGGAUUCGACCUUUUGGAUGCAACUUUUGCGGCCCCUUUCAUCUGUUUCUGGCCUGCCCCACAUAUUUCCCUGCUGUCAGCUCAAAAAGUGCCGU